AUCUCCCCCACGUGUCAUGAAUCUCCUGAAAAAUGGAUCCCAUCUGAAACUCAAAACACAAACAAUGGUCCUCCUCCUCCCUCUCCUACUACUUUGCUUCCGCAAUUGAAUCUCUUCAAUCCAUCUUCUUUAUUACAUUCCCCUUCAAUCCCCCUUUUCCCUCUUUCGUCCCCCUCUUACUUGCUUCACCCACCCACUUUUGGCCCCAAUUUCAACAAAAUGCAAGACUACACAUCCACUUUGUUCAAAAUUAUGUUUUGUGGAUUGAGAAUCAAGUGGUGUAAGUUAAACACAAUGGCUUGGUUCUAAUUUCUAAUUUGCUAAAUGAAGUAACUGUUUGGGUUAACGAUUUUUUGUUAAAAAGUUUUACAUUGCAUACCAAGUGUUUGAUGAAAUGAUUGAUUGAGAAAGAGAUUGGUGAAAUGGGUCCUGGGACUGAUGUGUGGCCUCAAUGUAGCUCCUUGGAUAAUGGGUGUUUGAAGGAAUGUGUGGAAGAGGAUGAUGAGCCUGAGGAUUCGGAUAAUGUGAGUCAACCCAAGGCGGCUAAGCCGCCCAGGAAUUACCAGCCUAUGCGCCAUUGUAUUAGCCAGGCGAUGCUGGCUGGCGCCUCCGAUUCGAGACCAACAAAUGAAGGCAGUGGCGUGAAACCACCAAAUAACGAGAGAUGUGCGUAUGUGCCCAUUUUUCGGUCCGGAAGUUGUUCGGAAAUGGGUCCAAAACCGUAUAUGGAGGACGAAUAUAUUUGUGUAGACGAUCUUCGAGAACAUUUAGAUGCGCAACGAGAUUACCCUUUUCUUGGAGCUUUUUAUGGGGUGUUUGAUGGGCAUGGUGGCAUUGAUGCCGCAUCGUUUACUAAACGAAACAUUCUCGAGUUCAUUCUUGAGGACUCUAGUUUUCCAAAGGGGGUGAAGAAAGCCGUAAAAAAUGCUUUUGCUAAAGUUGAUCAUGCACUAGCGGACACUAGAUCUCUCGAUAAUUCUUCUGGAACUACAGCAUUGACUGCCCUCAUAUUAGGAAGGAAUAUGUUGAUUGCAAAUGCUGGAGAUUCGAGAGCUGUGCUAGGCAAACGAGGAAGAGCGAUCGAGCUUUCAACGGACCACAAACCAAGCUGCACAUCCGAGAAAAUGAGAAUCGAAAAGCUUGGAGGUGUGAUUUACGACGGGUAUCUCAACGGUCAACUGUCGGUAGCACGUGCACUUGGAGACUGGCACAUGAAGGGCCCGAAAGGUUCAGAUGGCCCCUUGAGUGCCGAGCCAGAGCUGGAAGAGGUAACGUUAUGUGAAGAAGACGAGUUUUUAAUAAUCGGGUGUGACGGUCUAUGGGACGUGAUGAGCAGCCAAUACGCGGUGACAAUAGUAAGAAAGGGACUUAUGAUGCAUAACGAUCCGGAAAAGUGCUCUAGACAACUUGUUAUGGAGGCUUCAAAGCGGAAUAGUUGCGAUAAUCUCACUGUCGUUGUCAUCUGUUUCUCAUCCGACCCACCACCGAAGAUUGAAAUACCGAGAAUGAACAGACGCAGGAGCAUAUCCGCUGAAGGACUCGAUGUUCUAAAGGGUGUUUUGGGUGAUGCUUGAAAAUCAGUUCAUGUUUUGGUCAUUAUAACAAAAAUGCCCACACUUUUUUAACUUCCAAAUUUUGUUGAGUUUCUAUCUCAAGUUUGUACAAAACCACUAGUUUCAUUUUUUUUAUACAUUUACAAUUCAUUUUUGUCUU